CAAAUGACAAUGUUUAAUCUAAAAUAAAUAAAGUUUGCUCAUUCCUCUCUGUAAUCGUUUGAACUUCCGAUCACUUUAUCAAAAUACAAAACUAGUCAAUCCAGCUUUUUUCUGUGAUCUUAAAUCAAAAAAUGAUUACCUAUUUUUUACUCUCAGAUUAAAAUGUUACUGUAAAACAUACUGUGAUUUUAAAAGAAUUUUUAUAGGUCAUUGCUCAUUUAAUUCAUCUUGGAACUACCUACUCAUUUAAAUAAGUAAAAAUAAUUAAAGCUAUGUCUAAUAAAGAAGAAAACGCUCUGCGUUACAGAAGAGCGCAAAGUGUUACUAAAGCAGAGGAGAUAACGGAAAAGGAAAAAAAGGCUCGGAAUUCUCAGUUAGACAAACCUAUACAUAAACCAAGAGAUUCAUUAUUUUCAUGGAGUUCGGAGUUUACAAAUUUUACGGGACUUGUGAAUUGGGGCUUCCUUUUAUUGACCAUUGGAGGGGUUCGUCUUUGCUUGGAGAAUUUUUUGAAGUAUGGGAUUCGUGUUAAUCCGUUUGAAUGGAUUAUAGUUGUUACAGGCUAUCAUGAAGGACAAAGCCACCAUUACCCAUCUGUUAUAUUACUUAUUUUUAGUGUAGUGCCUGCUGUAUUUGCUUUAUUAGUUGAAAAAGCUAUAGCACGCGAUGUUAUAUCUUCUAAAAUGGGUGUCAGUGUACAAAUAUUUAAUAUUAUAUCAACGGUGAGCUUGCCUGUGAUUGUGCUGAACUUUAAAGGUCAACAGUUUAGCUUUGUGGGAAUAACAACAGUUUGUUUGAUAUAUUUGGUGCUGUUCUUGAAACUAUGGAGCUAUGUACAAACAAAUCACUGGUGCAGGCAGGGUAUGAAGGCGAAACAGUUCAAGAAUAAAUUGAGACGGCAGAGUUUGUCUGCACCUAAUUGGAAUGAGCUAGUUAACGCGGAACAAGAGCAAUCUGAGGACGAUAUCGACCUGUCGCCCGGCCUGGUGAAGUACCCUCAUAACCUGAACCUCAAAGAUCUGUUCUACUUCCUGCUAGCUCCCACCCUCUGUUAUGAGUUGAACUUCCCACGAACCACACGCAUUCGAAAGAGGUUUCUCAUCAAACGUCUUCUGGAAGUGGUGUUUGGUAUUAACUUAGUGCUGGCUCUGUUCCAACAAUGGAUGAUACCAUCCGUUAAGAAUGCUGUAGAUCCUUUCUCUGAGCUGGAUAUGAUUAAAAUGACAGAGCGACUACUUAAACUUGCCGUCCCAAACCACCUGAUCUGGUUGUGUCUCUUUUACUUGAGCUUCCAUUCGUUCCUGAACUUGAUGGGGGAGUUGUUGCAUUUCGCUGAUAGGAACUUCUAUAACGAUUGGUGGAAUGCUACCAAUAUAGCUGUGUUCUGGAACACCUGGAACAUGCCGGUACAUGUGUGGGCCGUCAGACAUGUUUACAAACCCAUCACCGAAAUGGGUUAUAGCAGAGCUCUUGCCAGCAUUGUUGUGUUCUUCAUAUCAGCCUUCUUCCAUGAGUACUUGGUCAGUGUUCCACUGCAGAUGUUCAGGAUAUGGGCCUUCUUGGGUAUGAUGGUUCAGCCUCCCCUAUCCAUUAUAUCAAAGGUAGUGGAAGUAAAGGUGGGGUCGAGAUGGGGCAACAUCAUAGUAUGGAGCUCCCUUAUAUUGGGACAACCGCUGGCUAUCAUGAUGUACUACCACGAUUACGCGCUAGAGCAUUUCACACCAAAAUAGAAUUAAGAAAUGUGUUAUAAGUACAAAUUAUUUAUAUUGAAACGAUUCUUAAAAUAAUUAAAUGAUAUUUGUUAAUGCAUUUAUAAUAAGAGAAUUUUUUUUUAUAUUUUUAUACAUGGUGUUUAUUUUAUUGAUACAUAUAUGCAAUUUUUGUAUAUUUGAAUUGUUAUAGAUGUAACAUUUUAAAUGGAAGGCAUGUAAUAAAAUAUUUUACAUA